AUGGUGAAGCACAGAAAGAGUAAUUUGCAAGUAAAACACAGUAACACAUCGGACGCGAGCGGUUCGAGCAGCGAAAACACCAAACCACGCAGUCCAAUCGUAACUGUGUGGAAAACAACACUAGGUGUAUUAUGCCUAAUAAUAGCCGUGUAUAUUGGUACCCUGGGGUACUUAGAAACAAGAGUAAACACACCAUUUGAUGGCGAUAAGGCAGUGCAAGAUUCGGGUCUCUCUGUACCAGACAGAUAUUGGGGCACAUAUCGUCCUGGGGUCUACUUUGGGCUGAAAAACCGUGAGCCAAGAUCUCCUGUUUUUGGGAUGAUGUGGUAUGAGUUAGCUGCAGCUACCCAUAAAGGCAUAAGGCACUGGUGUGAUCAAAACGACAACCUACCUAGCUAUGGAUGGAUAAGACAUGACGGUUUCACAUUUGGGGAGCAGACUAUAUCAGAUCCACCGCAUAAUAUUGUUACCACUUUCAUAAAAACUCCAGGCGGGGAGCACGGAGGCCAUUGGACUGCUAGAAUUAAUGUUACUUCUGUUGAUAAGCUUAAUGCAGCGUUCGUCCUGAUAUGGUAUGGAGCUCUAGACGAAGUACAUUUGGUGCCACAUCAAGGCAAACUAUUGCAUACUUCCUACGCGGAUGCGCAUGCGCCGGGCCUACACCUGCUAAAGGAGAAGUACUAUUCUCUAUUAAAAGUAGAGAAGCAUCCCGCUUUCGGUCGUCUUGCAGUAAUUGGAGGGGAUGACGAGCUUAACGAUAAGGAAAAGGAAGUCAACUUUGUUCCAAUUCAAAUGCUGGUCGAGACACCGUUUGUACUAGAUGUUGUUUAUACAACGGAGGACUUACCCACACCCCCAUUGAAGGGGGAGGAAUAUACCAAGGUGCUGGAACAGAAGAGGACGUCGUUUGAUACGAGAUUUGAGGAGGAGUUCAAAUUGAAGGAGAAAGGGUAUACAGAAACAGAUGCAGCUAUAGCAAAAGCGGCGAUGUCCAACAUGAUUGGUGGUAUCGGCUACUUCUAUGGCACGAGCCGGGUCCAAUCCAGGUAUACACGCGAGCCGGUGCCCUAUUGGAAAGCGCCGUUGUAUACCGGCGUUCCGAGCAGAUCCUUCUUCCCCCGGGGCUUUCUCUGGGAUGAAGGUUUCCAUGGCCUGCUCAUCGGAAGGUGGUCACCGGAUAUCCAGAUGGACAUAGCGGCUCAUUGGCUGGAUUUGAUAAAUGUUGAAGGCUGGAUACCUAGAGAGCAAAUAUUAGGUUCUGAGGCCCUGGCCCGUGUGCCCAAAGAAUUCGUUGUGCAGAGCAACGCGGCUGCCAAUCCGCCCAUGCUGCUCAUCCAAAUCGCGAACAUGGUCAAACGCCGGCCGCACAUCUUCCAACGGGACUCGAAACAUCGGCGGACGCUUGAUAGGAUGUUCCCUAGACUGCAGGCCUGGUACAAUUGGUUCUUGAACAGCCAAAAAGGUGCGGAACCCACGUCCUACCGCUGGCGAGGUAGAGAGGAAGAUGGGUUACAGCUUAACCCUAAAACUCUUACGUCGGGCUUAGAUGACUAUCCCAGAGCCUCCCAUCCCUCCAAUAUUGAGAGACACGUCGACCUUCGCUGUUGGAUGUAUGCAGCAGCUGAUGCUAUGACGACCAUAGCCGAUAUGCUGCAAAGGGACACUUCGAAAUUUGAAGCGAUUCGAGACCAAUUGGGUGACGAGGAACUGUUGAAUGAGUUGCAUUGGUCGUCACAUACAAACACGUACGCGGACUAUGGUCUACACACGGACGGUGUGAAACUCGUUCGUCAAGUGGGAAAAACACCAGCAGAGGGGUCUAAAGUCGUUCGUUCCGUCACCAGUCCACCCCAGGAGAAGUUGGUCACGUCUGCCUUCGGUUACAUAUCACUGUUUCCAAUGCUGCUGAAAGUGUUAAAACCAAGUAGCGAAAAAUUGGGCAAAAUCCUAGAGGUUCUGGACAAGCCGGAAUUGCUGUGGUCGCCCUAUGGUUUGAGAUCGCUCUCAAAAUCCGCGCCUCUAUAUAUGAAGAGGAACACAGAACACGACCCACCGUACUGGCGUGGGCAAGUGUGGAUCAAUAUUAAUUACUUAGCGGUGUCCGCGUUGAAGCACUACGCGGGUACGGGCGGGCCGCACGCUGCGCGCGCGCAGCAGUUGCACACACGGCUCAAGGCGAACUUAGUUGGUAAUAUAAUAUCUCAAUAUAAAAAGACGGGAUACCUCUGGGAGCAAUAUUCGGACCAAGACGGCAGAGGAUCCGGCUGUAAGCCUUUUACUGGGUGGACCGCUCUCUUUGUGCUAAUGAUGGCUGACGAAUAUUAA